UUCAUAUGUUUCUGACACAAAUGAAUCGAAACUGUAUGUGAAUGCUUCUACAUCUCAUCAUCUCUUGACAGCGGAGUUAAUGUCAUGUCUAUUACUUAUGCCUUGAUGAUCUACUCUGGUGAUGUGGACCAGGCAUGAGUAGCCGAGCGCAGACACCAACCAUCCCCAACCCCCUUAUGUGUAUAUAUUUUUUUUUAAUACUUUGUGAGGAAAAACUGUCAACCAUAUCCAAAGUGCAGGACCAAAGAGAAGUAAAUAAUGUAUGCUUUUGUUAGAUUCUUUGAAGACGAUAUGUGCUACGCGUUACCCGUUUCAAAUGUCGAAGAUUUCAGACCUCUGCACAAAACAGAUUUUGAUAAUCAGAAGGUGUAUCUGGUUCACAGAACUGAAGAGAAUGGCAGCGCAGGCCAGCCGUGCGAAGCACAGAUCCUUGCCCUUGCAGAUACAUUAGAGGAAUUUGAAGACAGUAUAAUGCAAAAGAAGAUGAAAAUUCCCAAGAUGUCUAUCAAGAAUUCAGGAAACUCUAUUGAGAACAAUUUUGGAGAGGACAGAAUGCCACUCAGGCAUAAAAAGGCCCUGUCUCAGGACCAUGGACGCCCCCUUUCCAACUCCUCUAAGAGCUUGGCAGCAGUAGUGGCUCGCCUUGAGAGAAAUGCAGCCAGUUCCUGUGUGGAGGGCGAAGAGGACCUGGAUGAGGACCGGCUGGCUGAGGAGGGAGAGGAUGCAGACGACGAAGACGAAGAUAUGGAGGCAGAGCAUCAGCAACAUCAUCACCAGCAGCAGCAACAACAGCAUUUGGAGGUGGACACGGAUUGUGUGUCUGGGGUAGCUGCAGCCGUGGUUCCUAGAGUCCUGUACGAGGAGCUGGUUCAUAGUUACAGGCAACAGGAGGAGGAGAUGAGGAGGCUGCAGCAGGAACUGGAGAGAACCCGUAGGCAGCUGGUGCAACAAGCCAAGAAGCUAAAGGAAUAUGGCAGCUUGCUGACAGAAGUCAAAGAACUGAGGGACUUCAAUAGGAGGCUGCAAGACGUACUUCUCAUGAGACUGGGCAGCGAGCCUAUGCAUGACAAUGGCACUCAGACAAUCAAGGCUGAAGUGGUCGAACCCAUUGUUGAGGUGCAGGAGACAUGCAGAGAAGAAGCCAACACCAGUUCCAGCUACUCACCCUCACCCAGAACAGUAUACACCUGCAACGAUGGGAAGGUACACCUGGGUGGAGGGAUCUGGGUGGAGGAGGAGAAGUGGCACCAGCUGCAGCGGACCCAGGGAGACUCCAAGUUCACAAAGAACCUGGCUGUAAUGAUCUGGGGCACAGAAACCCUCAAGAACCGUAGUGUCACCGGAGUGGCCACCAAAAAGAAGAAAGAUGCCCUGCCCAAACCCCCACUGUCGCCCAGCAAACUGAAAAUUGUCAGAGAGUGUCUCUACGACAGAGUGUCUCAAGAGACAGCCGACAGUGCAGAGAUUACACAAAGACUGUCCAAAGUGAACAAGUACAUUUGUGAAAAGAUAAUGGACAUCAACAAGUCCAUCAAGAACGAGGAGCGGCGGGAGUCCAAGCUGCUCAUCAGACAGACAGUCAAGAUGGAGAACUUCACCUACGAUGGCUGGAACUAAAUGCUGCAGAUUGAAAUCUCAACUGUGACCCAGCUGUGGCUAACUGUGAAUCUGCUGCAGAGCUGCCCAUCAAGCCUCUCUCCUCUUCACACUCUAGAUUCUUGUUUGUUGGUUGGUUUAUUUCUCUUUAUCAUUUUGUCUGUCUUGGGUUUUUUUGUUAUUUCAAAAGUUCAGAUCAGCCUUUUGUUAAGCUACCUUAUGUUUUGCAGAUAUUUUAGUGUACAUAAAACAUUUUAUUUUUUCCAUCAAACAUGAAUAUUUCAGUUUUCUAGUCAUGUUACUGUUACAUGAUGUUGUAAUUCCAUGUUACCUGACAAUUUCUUGUGUUUCUUUUUACAUUUAUAUUUUUAUUUCAUAUGAAUUGUUGGCUUUAAGCUUGAUGUUGUAUCCAGAUGUAGAUCAGUGGAAUCUACAAACAAAUGAAAAAAUAGCUCCUUUUCUUAGCCAAAGUGAUCUCAAGAAAGACAAGGCUUCCCUUAACAUCAAAUUUUGACUGAGCCCAUACGUUAAGCUACAUUCACAACAUGUGAUAUUUAAAAAACCUCACUUAGAAACUAGCUUCUAAUGAUCUGCCACAGUAAGAUGAGAAUCUGUAUCGUUAAACCGUUGUACAAUUGAGAUGCAGUAGUUAGAUCACCACAAAUCAUUUACAUUGAAUGCACUUUAAACUUCUGGGCAAUUUCUUCAAUCUUAAAGAAAUGUAUUUGUGGUAUUCGUCCUUUUUUAAACUGUCUAUAUAGAUUAAAGCCUAACAAUCAUUGUAUUAUCAUGAAGCACCUUAGAACAUUUUGGUUUAUUAUUUUUUAUGGCAAGAAUGAGUUAUGAGAUGUUAUUAUGGGAUGUCAAACAACUGAUUCUCCAAAACAAGCUUGAUAGACUUAAUACUUCCAACUACUACUUGGAGGUAGUACAACUAUUACUACUUCCAAAUAUUUAAAUCUUUGAAGAUUUUUUGGGGGUGUUUAGAAAACCAGAUUUCCACAAGUCAGACUAUGUUGGAACUCCGUCAUGGCCUCCUGAACAAUAAAUGGCUUACUUGACAAAUUGACAAGCAGAAGUCAACAACUGCUUUCAAGCCCAAAAUAUGAUUCACCAAUCUAAAGAUAUGUACCUAUGAAAUGUGCAAGCUGACUGGAAUAUGUGCUUUAACUUAACACGUGAAUAUGCUGGUUAUGUAUAGAUAUGACUUAUAUAAAGAUAAUUGUGUAUUUUUUACAAAUGAGUGGUACUUGUAAGCCAAAGUAUUGAAGGCUGAUAUCAAGCUAAAGAAAGGGGAUGCUGACAGCAGCAGGGUUUGCACAAAAAAAUACCCCAUGCCAAGGUAAUAGAGCUUAGUGAAUCUAAAGCCACCAAAAGGGUGACAUAUUACUUAUAUAUUUUUAAGGGGUUCCUAAAAAUAGCCCUUUAUCAGUAUCCUUUAGAUUUUUGUUUUCCCUGUACAAAGCAACAUGUGAGGUUUAUGUGUGCUGGUAUGUAUUUAAAAUACAUGCAAUUUAAAAGAAAGAAAAGAUUUCUGCUGUGCUAAGCAACCUCGCUGAAAUUCUGACACAUUGUUUUGUAUUGUGUUUGUGUUUGUUUCUUUGUUGUUUGAUGCCAAAAAGGGGUGUGGUUAAAAUAAUGCUGUAACAUGGAGCAUUAAUGGAGCUAUUGCAUCAUCUGAAAAUGUUAACUUGUUUUCAAAGGCUGGUUUCCUGGAGCGCGAUUAAGCGUAAUCCUUUAACUAAAACCAUCUUUAGUGGAUGAAAGUUGUAUGGAAGUACUGUAUGUUUUUUUAACCUAGAUUUGGCUUAAUCUGUGAUGGCAAGGCCAAUCUCUAUCAAAAGUCACUUGCAGAGGAGCGUUUGGGUUUGAGCUGCAUACUAGUAACACAUACAAAUACAUAACCUGGCAGAGCCAUUGAUGGAUGAUACAAUACAACACCAGACCUCCCUGUACUCUCACUGUCACGCCCAAGUAGCGACAGGGAGGAACUGUAACCUCACUGGCUCUAUGAUCCUCUUCCUGUGCCACCUCUAGUUCCUUAUUCUCCUGACAUUUAUAUGGACUGGUUUUAAAAAUGCUAAUGUAUCAAGAUAAUAGCAAAUCCUGUCCUCCCCCGCUUGGUGUUUUGGCUUAUGUUGUGAACGCCUGCCAAGGCUUCAGAAGUGAGGGAGCUCUGUGUUGCUUUUUUGGCAGUUUCGAUUGAGAAAAUGAGAUCAGUUUUCUCAGUAGCUUCACUGAGUGGAACAAGAUAAAUGGCUCCAUCUAGCAGUUUUCAAAACUUCAGUGUCCACAAAACACAUUACUGUUUGAGCCUCAGAUACAACGUCAAACUUACUUCAAAUGAGAGAAAAAAAGCUGGAGGCACACAUUGUUAGGCCUAUAUUUUUCUUAAGGUAUCAGUAACUUUGUAUACAAUCCACAAACCGGUUCUACUUCAUCUAACUUCACCGUCCUACCUCAUUGUUACUCUGGUGUUUGUUUGUCAGUGACUGUAAACUAUGUGUGUAUAUUAAAAAAAAAUCUAUAGGAAAGGUAUACCUGGUUACUCUCAACAUGUACAGCAUAUAAAACUUGUAAAACACCUCAGUACACAAUAUCAUUCUUAGGAGAAAUCAGUUUUAUUACCUGCUUAAAGAUGCUGCUGUAAAGGGGUCUCUGCGUGAGGGGUCAUCUCUGAAUAUAUAUCUUCGCUCUUUGCUAUGUCGUGCAGUUGGUCAGUGGUUGUGUUCUGUCUCUGUAUUGCAUUCUGAGAUUUUUACUGGUUGACGGUGCUACCAGCAAACAGUUCAAAAACUGAUCUGUCUAUCUGACCUCAAAUGGUGCUGUUUUUCUAUGUUUUUAUCCUCAUACAGCUAUGUUUUAUUCAGGUGUGUCAACCGCCACUAUCCCCUCAGCUAAUCAAAUUUUAAGCCAAAAUACUUCGCAAAAUGAUAACCCUGCUAUUACUGUAUCAACUAUAUGCUAUCCAUCCAAAUAUUGUAGAUAGUGAUUAUAUCCUCAGCUGUGAGUUUCAGAAGUACCUCAGAACUUGCUGAUUUUCAAUGGAUGCAUCUGCUUCUAGCACCUGUUGUCUACCAAUAUUACUACAUUGUUGCAGUGUAUUUUCAAUAAUAUGCAUUUUUACUGGUUAGAUCAGGUUUCACUAUAUAUAUAGUACAUGAUUAUUAGAUCACAGUCAGAUGGCCGAUAAAUUUAAAGGAUACCACUGUUCACUGGUUGCAUGCCAGAUUGUCAUAAAGGAAAUCUCAGUUGGACCGGGCAGUGUAUGUUACAGUGGAAGAGGUCCUCAGCAAAACCAUGUUCAGUUUGUGUCAAAGUUAAAGUCCAGUUUGUUUUACAGAAGCGGGAUUCCAUUGGUAGUUGUAAUUAUGGUGGGAAAAUGAUAUCCAUUAGAAGUGAUUUGGGAAAUUUAAAAACCAGAGCCCCGUCUUUAAUAUCAUGGAGAUCAUUCUUCAUUAUACAUUCACAAAGACUGUUUUGGGGAGUUCCAGCUUGUCAGAUUUGGAUUUCUAUGUAGUUACCACUUUAAUCUCUGAUUUCUCCCGUUGUAUCUCUUUGUCCCUUACUGUUGUUUAAACAAUUCAAAUGUAAUUUUCAGUGUUAAAAUAUGAAUUUAGUGUAGCAAUUUGUUCAUGAUUGACUUACUGUGAGCUAAGGUCCUGUGUACAGCAGCAUACAGUGUCUGGAUUUGGGCUUAAUUAUACAAAAAGUGCAUUACUUUUUCUUUUACCCUGUGCUGUGACACCAAUGGAAUCUUUUCUGCGCCAAAGUCUUUGAACUAUAUUGAGAUUUUUUUUAGGUGGCGUGCUCUACCUAUGAGUGUGUAUAUAUUUGUUUUGUUUUGUUUGUUUUUUACUCUGACCAUGUCUGUGAACAGGAACUGUGCUGGGGAACCCCUCUCUACUGUGAGCAGUUUGUGUUCAAAUACACGGCAGUUGGCUUCAUGGAAGCACUUAAGCCAUUCGUUGGACUGUUUCAUAAUGGUUCAAUUUUAAGCUUUGCUCUGGUCCAGGGAAUUGACCCAGAGAGUUUUGUUUGUAAUUGAAUUCCUAUGCAGGUGUUGGGUUGUAAUCACCUGGUACCACAUCACUGUUGGGUGGAGGGCCAACCAGGGAGAGAUAACUGGAGAGCGUUCAAACCUUUGAAUGUGUCUGCGCAGCCUUGAGAUUGAGUCAAAGGGGACAAUGGCGACAUGACAAAUCCGUAUAGAACUAUUACUACAGUUUCCUGGAGUUGGAAUUAAACUGAGCUAUAUUGUACAGGGCUGCUUGGGUAUAUACCUGUCUGAAAUAGUUGUAACUGCAUUGCAAUGACCAUUAGGGGAAGACAGGGUUAUUACUGUAUGGAGUAUUUCCAGUUGGUAUGAUAAUGUGAAAAUAAUUUCAAGACUAUUGCAGUAAACACUCCCUCACCAUACUUUAGCCUCCCAGAGGCAACCCUACAUUUACCGAAGAUGUUAUAAGUAUAUGCGAUAGGGACUGUACAUGUCUUUGCUAAACCGGCCACACCUCUGCUAUGCGAGCAACUCUUUGACGCUUAGCAUCCUGUUCUGUGUUUUCUCUUGCUGCAUUCAGGAACACCUGUUUAAUGUAUAGACAAACAGAAAUAAAUCCAGACUUUUAUUCUAUCAGCACAAA